AUGUCCUGUAUCCCUAUGUCCUGUGCCCCCAUGUCCUGUGCCCCUAUGUCCUGUGUCUCUAUGUCCUGUGUCUCUAUGUCCUGUGUCCCUGUGUCCUGUGUCCAUGGGUCCUGUGUCCCUAUAUACUGUGUCCCUAUGUCCCGUGUCCCUGUAUACUGUGUCCCUAUUUCCUGUGUCUCUAUGUCCUGUGUCCCUAUGUCCUGUGUCCCUAUGUCCUGUACCCCUAUGACCUGUGUCCCUAUGUCCUCUGUCUCUCUGUCCUCUGUCCCUAUGUCUUGUGUCCCUAUGUCCUGUGUCCUGUGUCCCCGUGUCCUCUGUCCCUGUGUGCUGUGCCCCAUGUCCUGGGCCCCUAUGUCCUGUGUCUCUAUGUCCUGUGUCUUGUGCCCCUAUGUCCUGUAUCCCUAUGUCCUGUGCCCCCAUGUCCUGUGCCCCUAUGUCCUGUGUCUCUAUGUCCUGUGUCUCUAUGUCCUGUGUCCCUGUGUCCUGUGUCCAUGGGUCCUGUGUCCCUAUAUACUGUGUCCCUAUGUCCCGUGUCCCUGUAUACUGUGUCCCUAUGUCCUGUGUUCCUAUUUCCUGUGUCUCUAUGUCCUGUGUCCCUAUGUCCUGUGUCCCUAUGUCCUGUGCCCCUAUGACCUGUGUCCCUAUGUCCUCUGUCUCUCUGUCCUCUGUCCCUAUGUCCUGUGA